AUGGCAAACACUCCUUCAAUGGCAGAAGACAGUCCGAAACGCGACACGCCCAAGAGCAACAGCAACGAUGUAUGGGUAGAAGACAGCGAGGGAGGCAUUUCCUCUGACGUGAUGGCCGUCUACAUGUCUUAUGACCCAGAAUUUCGCAGCACCAUUGAAAGACAGCUGCGACGGAAAAUCGACUCCAGAAUACUUCCUCUGAUAGUCGUGAUAUACCUAUUCAAUUACCUGGAUCGCAACUCUAUUACACAGGCUCGGCUAUAUGGUCUUCAAGAAGAUACUGGUAUCAAAGGUGCUCAAUACCAAACGGCUAUUUCUAUCUUCUCUGCUGGGUAUAUUCUCAUGCAGUUGCCAUCCACUAUCCUGAUGACUAAACUUCGUCCAUCGAUUUACCUUCCAACAUGUAUCAUUAUCUGGGCUAUCGUGAGUGGAUGCACAUCCGCAGUUCACAACGUACCGGGGCUACUGAUGAUUCGGCUUGUUCUCGGAUUUGUGGAGGCUCCUUUCUUUCCUGGUGCAAUCUACUUCCUGAGUUGUUGGUACACCAAGCGCGAGAUCGGAGUUCGAAUGGCCUUACUCGUCUGUGGCAUUCUUCUAUCCAAUGCGUUUGCUGGGCUUAUAUCCGCAGGGAUUCUAUCCGGUAUGGAUGGGGUUGGCAAUCUUGAGUCAUGGAGAUGGCUCUUCAUUCUUGAAGGUUUAGCCACUGUUGUUCUCGGCACCAUUGCUCUUUUCGUUCUUCCUGACUUUCCCGGCACAACAAAGUGGCUAAGUCAGGAGGAAAAGAUAGUGGCCCAGGCUCGACUGUCUGUCGAUGCUGGUAGUGAUGCUUUGCUUGAUGCCGAGAAGGUUCCUAUUUCACGUGGACUAAUCUGGGCAGCAAAGGAUGUACGAACAUGGAUUUUCGCCUGCCUUCAGAUGAGCACAACCGCAUCAAUCUCAUACUCUCAUUUUUUCCCGACCUUGAUCCAACAACUUGGAUUCAAAGACAACACCAUUGUUCUGCUUUUGACGUCUCCCCCAUACCUUGUUGCCUUUUUUUGGGCUAUUUCUUGGGCUUUCAUCGCAGAUAGGCGCCAGAUUCGAUCAGUGCCGGCUUCAAUUUCUCAAUGUUUGGCUAUUGUUGGGACCAUUCUGUUGAUCGCAGUUGAAGGGCCACUCUGGGCGCGCUAUGCCUUCACUUUUCUGGUCUGUUGUGGCACGUUUGGAGUCUAUUCUACAACAUAUGCCUGGCUUUCGUCAACUAUUACCCAACCACCCGUGAAGCGAGCUGUUGCCAUUGGAUUGGCGAAUACCUGUGCAAAUAUCGCCUCUUUAUUCGCCAACUAUUUCUGGUUAGACAGAUAUGAGCCAACUUACCGGCAAUCUUGGGGUUGUUUAUUGGCUUUCCAAGCGUUGGGACUGAGUUGUAUUUUGCUUAUUCGAAUCUUACUUCGUUCAUCUAAUAAAAAAUUUGAAAAGUUGGCAGCGGAAGAAAAUGCCACUGACGCCAUUUUUGUCUCUCACUUGGAAGAAGAUGAAAGAAGGGCCGUUCAAAACGGAUUCAGAUAUGUUGUGUGA